AUGGAAGCAUCACAAUGGCUAACAUUGACGCCCAUUGUAGCGAAAAACGCAGCGCCUGCUGCUGGACCCUACUCCCACGCUGUCAAGACCCCAACCAGCAUCUACUGUUCCGGUCAGCUUCCUGCCGAUUCGCAGGGCAACCUGGUCGAAGGAUCGAUUCAAGAAAAGACUGCGGCGUGUAUCAAGCAACUCCAGACCAUUCUUGAGGAGGCUGGUUCCUCCAUUGCGAAGGUAGUCAAGGUCAACAUCUUCCUUACCGAUAUGGGCAACUUUGCUGGCAUGAAUGAGGAAUACGCAAAGUGGUUCACUCACAAACCAGCCCGCAGCUGCGUGGCUGUCAAGCAGCUGCCUAAGAACGUCGAGGUGGAGAUUGAGGCCAUUGCGCUGCCCUAA